UUUUACCUUUUUCUGGUUUUCCGAGAACUCCCUCCCGUUCUGCACAGUCUGCGCUUCCCUCUCGGUUCUUCAGCUACCUCUCACCGCCGGCGAGCCUCGUUUUUCGGUUCGAAAUGCAUCUCUUCGCCGCCGGGAACCGCCGUUUCAUGGUGUGCGAGAUCGUUUCUCUCUUUGUUGCGUAUAAAGACAUCUGAAUUUGCCCCCCCUACGCUGCCGGCAAUUUGCCUUGGCUUUAAAGAUUCGGAUCUUGAGGAGAUUUGGCGGUGAGAGGGUAAUGUGGGAUCGGUGACUGGAGAGGAUGGCGGUUUUCUUGUGUCUGCCGUUGGGGAUUGCAUUCGAGGACUGGUUUCGGUCGUGAGGCGUUGGGUUUUAUGUUUCGUUCUGUUCUCGUGAGUUGCUGGUUUGGCUUUCCUGAUCGGCUCAGUGUGGAGGAGUUUGGUUUGGCUGAGAUCGAUAUGAAACGGUGGAUGGCAGGCCAUGUUUAUCUUGAGAGGUUAAAGUGGUUUGGAAAUUUUGACGCCUAAGAGACUUCAUCGAAUGAAGUUUUGCACUUUGCCUGAAACAACUAAUGCGGCAAGUACGUCUGCAAGUUGUCGAGGUGUUAUGAGAGCCUCAAUAUCACGUGGAAACAGAUUACAUGGCAUUGCAGAUGCAUUUUUCAAUGGAAACACUCCUUCAAAAGAUGUAUACUCAAACCACAAGGUUGAAAACUUUGAUAUAUCUUGCUUGGAAUGGUUAGGUCAGAUUCCAGAAUGCCCUGUAUUCAGCCCAACAAUGGAGGAAUUUGAAGAUCCAUUAAUUUAUCUCCAGAAGGUUGCGCCCAUAGCUUCAAAAUAUGGUAUCUGCAAGAUAAUUUCCCCUAUUUGUGCUACUAUACCUGCUGGUGUUGUAUUGAUGAAGGAGCAAGGUGGAUUCAAAUUUACUACCUGUGUGCAGCCUUUUCGUCUCUCUGAGUGGACUACAGAUGACAAAGUUUCAUUUUUUAUGAGUGGAAGGAAGUAUACAUUUAGGGAUUUUGAGAGGAUGGCAAACAAAGAGUUCGCUCGAAGAUAUUACAGUGCUGGAUGUCUCCCUUCUAAGUAUAUUGAAGAGCAAUUCUGGCGAGAAAUUGCUUUUGGCAGGACAGAGUAUGUUGAAUAUGCCUGCGAUAUUGAUGGCAGUGCCUUUUCAUCUUCCCCUAAUGAUCAAUUGGGGAAAAGUAAAUGGAACUUGAAGAAGCUUGCUCGUCUUCCCAACUCUGUGUUGCGGCUUCUGCAAUCUACUAUUGCUGGAGUAACAGAUCCCAUGCUUUACAUAGGAAUGCUGUUUAGCAUGUUCGCCUGGCAUGUUGAAGAUCACUACUUGUAUAGUAUCAACUAUCAUCAUUGCGGAGCAUCUAAAACUUGGUAUGGAAUUCCUGGUCAUGCAGCUCCUGACUUUGAAAAGGUAGCGCAGGAACAUGUCUAUAAACGUGAAAUUUUUCCAACUGAAGGAGACGAUGCAGCUUUUGAAAUGCUUUUGGGAAAGACUACCAUGUUUCCUCCAAAAAUUUUGUUAGACCAUCAUGUUCCUGUUUAUAAAGCUGUACAGCAGCCUGGAGAAUUUGUAAUUACUUUUCCUCGUGCUUAUCAUGCUGGUUUCAGCCAUGGUUUCAAUUGCGGUGAAGCUGUCAAUUUUGCCACUGGUGAUUGGUUUCCUUUUGGUACUGUUGCUAGUCGUCGCUAUGCACUUUUUAAUAGGAUGCCAUUGUUACCUUACGAGGAACUACUUUGCAAGGAAGCAUCGCUUCUUCACAAGAAUCUGACAGAUUUGAACAGGAAAGAUUCUGACUUUGGGAUUGAAGAGUUGCACAACCAGAAUUGUGUCAAGGCUUCGUUUGUGAACUUGAUGAGGUUCCAACACCGUGCCCGCUGGUGGCUCAUGAAGUUGGGAGCUCAGGCUUGUUAUUUUUCAAAUUUUCCAACAAUUAUGUCAUGUGAAAUCUGCAAACGUGAUUGCUAUGUAGCCUAUGUCACGUGUAAUUGCUACAACAGCCCCAUCUGCCUUCAUCAUGAGAAUGAGAUACGAAGCUGUCAGUGCGGCUCUAGCCGCACUAUCUUUUUAAGGUCAGAUCUUUUAGAAUUUGAGACUGUAGCAAAGAAAUUUGAGCAAGAGGAUGGGAUAACAGAGUUGGAAAAGCAAUUACUGGAAAAUGAUUGCAUUUCAUCACAGCUGACUGCCUUUUUUUGUCCUGAAGAGGAUGGUUAUUGGCCGUAUUGUGAAAUUCGAUUUGAAGAAGGUUUCAAAUGUGAGACUAAAGUAGAGUGUAAAACAACUUCAGGAUCAAGUUUUCCUUCGCCUAAAGGAUGUUUUACACUGAAUGAACCAUGUUCUACUUCUGAUAGAAUGAAUGCUUUUCAGAAAAUUUCCCGGAGUGAGAUAAUUUGUCCGCAUAGAUCCGUUGAAUCAAAUACAUCUGAAAUGUAUAUAGGUGGAUAUGAUACUGGUUCUCACGCUGCACUUGUACAAGAUAUUGAUGAUUCGGACUCUGAAAUAUUCAGGAUUAAGCGGAGGCCUGUUUUUAGUUCUGGGGAAAAAGAUGGAGAAGAUUCAAGGUUUCCUGAGAAACUGUCAUUCAAACGGUUGAAGAAGCAGAGUUUCGGGCCACCAAAAGAAGUUCUUGGUAGAAACUACACCGGCCGUGUUCACUCGACUCCAUCGACGAUGAGGCAUCAUCAUCACCCCUUACAAUCCAACUCAUAUAAUAAGCCUAGGCGGAGAGAGAGUCCUCCACACCAUUUACCAGUUUCCAGCACAGAACUAACUUGUGUAGACCUUGGUCCAAAGCGGCUAAAAGUUAAAGGCCCCUCUUCAUCUAACACCAUUGUUAAUCAGAAGAGCAGUUACCGCUGUAGAUUUUCUGAGAGCGAUGAGAAGGAAGACAUCUCUCUCAGAGUUUGAUGUGAUGCUGAUGGGUUACUAACAUCCUCUUUAGAUCAGAUUGAGUCCACAUAAUUGAUUCUUUGUGCAGGCCUCAAAUUAUGGCUCUGGCACCACCUGAUUUUUAGUCUAUCAAAGAUGUUGCACCCUAUUUUCUCGUUUUUUCUUCUUUUUAUAAUUUGAUUUUAUGGCUUCUUUGUGUAGAGGGGGGGCCUUUUAACCUUGGGAUUCUCAGAGUGAUUCUGGGGAUGGCUUUAACUUUAAAAUUUGUUGAUAUUAGUUGGAUUACUGUAGGUAGGUCUUCCCUGCCACAUUGUCAGUUUUACUUAAUUCCUUUCAAUUCUUUUGUACAGCAAAAUCUGUAUAUUGGGAUUGAAAUGCGCGACUUUGGGAUUUGAUCAGUGUUCUGUGUGAUUCUCUAUUUUCUUGCAAUGCUGAAUAUCUCAUGCAAAAA